AUUGAUGGGUCAUGGUGCCAAGAAUUCAAUUUCAUUCUUAAUCGAAUUUCGAACGCUGUUCAUCAUAAAGUACCAGUAAUGAAAUCAUUAUAUUUGACUACUUUGCGUUCAAAAAGAUGACAUAUACAUAAAUAACAUUAAGUUAUAGGAUAAAACUAAAUAGAAUGUCCGAAAUUAAAUCACUUAUAACAGAUCAUAAAAUAAGUGAAGAUUUCAUAUACUUCUUAAGUUUCUUCAAAGACUCAUUUGAUACAUUAAAAAAAGAUAGCGAAAAAGAAAUAUGUAAGAUAUGGUUGGAAAAAUUAGCCGUUGGACCAUACAAAAGUACAAUUGAGAGACAAAUCAGAAAUAUAUAUUUAUCACAGCUUAUACUAAGUAUUAAUGAAAAAAAGUUAAAGCCACCAUUCAACGCACUACCCGAAAAUGGACCACUUCCUCAAGAUAAAUAUUUUAAAGAUGUUAUGACCAAACCAGAAAUGGCGAUAAAGCAAGAGUUAAAUCAAGCUAAAGAAUCCUGGGAAGAUUUUGUGCAUGACCGUGAAUUGGAAAUGAUUGAUUUAAGUCAGUUGUCCAAAGAUGGAAGAACUUUUAUAGCAGUUAAAACAUUACCCAAAAAUGCAGGUAUCUUCACUUAUGUGGCAGUAUCAUUGGGUGGAAACGGAUCUUGUGGAUGGGUUAAUUCGUCCGGAAAACCCGUAUUCUCUCCAGAAAUUAAGUCAACAGAUAUGAAAGUGGAGACGUCUAAGGAAUCAGAAAAGGAUUGUUUUUUGCAGCAGGAUAACAUACAAAAAAUUACAGCCGAAGUUAGGUCUGUGUUAGCUAAAAGAAAACCACCUGAGGCUCGUAUGUUUACUUAUCAAUUCUACAAAAGCGUAUAUGAUAAUAUCGAACAAGAAAUGCUGAAUGAACAAGACCCAAACAGCUUAGCUUGUCGUGAUCCUUAUAUUGAAAAGAUGCUUGAAAUGCUAACACGAGAUAUCCAAGCUUGCAAUAAUACUAAUCCCGAAAUGUUCAAACGCAUUAAAAUGCUUUCUAUGUUGAAAAAAAAAGUAAAAGCUAUCCUUUUGAAUAUAGAGAAACGAAACAACAAUUUGACUUCGAUUGAAGUGUCUUCUUCUAGUCCAAUCAUGACACUUACAAACCCAGCGGCAAACUGUUCAAAUUCCAUGUCUGAAAUGAUGUGGCAAGAAGCUUUGUUAGAGAAACCAACAAUAAAAGUGGCUGAAUCGCUUUCAAAGACUUAUCCAGUGUGUUUAGUCAAAACAUUGUUAGCACUUUUGGCUCGGGAACGAAGAAAAAUUAUCAAUCGGAUGAAAGAAAAACAAGAAAAUCUGAUAAAAGCUAUGAAAAAAGAUUUACAAGAAGAAAUAAAACGAGGUAUUAUUGCAUAUAAGACAGCCAGAAUGGAAUGGGUCAAUGUUAUGCGUAUAGUUUUACAUUAUAACAAGUUAAAAGGCUCACUUACUGAUAGAGAGUUAGGAGAUUCGUCUGAUAAAAAAGGUGAAUAUUUGCAGGAGACAAUUCGCAAAGAAAUCGAAAGCACUAAAAAGCGUUUAGAUGUGGCUAAUCAAAAAAAUGACACCUUGCAAGAAGAUAUCUGUGAACUAAACAAGAACUUACAUGAAUUAACUGAAAAAGUCGACUGCGAAGAACAACAAGCUAUUGAUCAAUUACGUCAACUUAAAAAUGAAAUAUGCAGUGAAAAGAGUUCAAUUUUACAAAGAACUCAAACUAUUGAAGAACUCGAGAGAAUGUUGAAAGAAAUUCAGAAAUAAGAUUGGUUAAUUUAAGCGAUAGAUAAUCAACAGUCUAGAAAAUUGUAUAAAAAAAAAAAGUUUUAAUAAAAAUGUUAAACGAUUUUUAUUUUACCAUACAAAUCAUUAUGAAAUGUUAUCAUUUUAAUGAUUAAAUAUUUAUUUAAUUUUAUGUAUAAUAAAUAUUUACG